AUGAAAAGACCUUCCAACAAGCGUCAUCGUCUAAGCGACGAUUUAGAUUCUCGCUUAUUUCCUUAUAUUCAACAAAUACUAGAAAAGAAAGGUGUAUCUAUUUCUACAAAUGCGGUAUUUGAAUAUGUUCAACAUGUCGAAUGUUUUAAAAGAAUUAAAAAAAUACAUUUAGAGCAAAGCCUUGAUAGAGUUUUAAAAUCGGUAAAGAAACAAUACAUUAAACAACAAAAUGAAGGCUCAACAUCACCAAACAAAACUGAAGAAAUUAAAUUAGAAAGUGAACCGUCAGAACUUGACGAAAUGGAAUAUGAGAAUCUUGAAAUUGAAGAUGUUCAGAUGAUGGAAGUUAAGGACACAAAUCUUAUGAACCAAUCUAUUACAAAAGUAUGGUCUCAGCAUCGUCCUCAGUCAACUGAACAAUCACCUAUUAAAACUUCAUCAACCGAGUCCACUUCAAAUGUAAUACCACAAUCAUUUAAAGCUGAUAAUAAAAUUCAGGACAAAAAAGAAAAACAAAGUAAAUCAAAAAUUAAAGUUUCGAAAAUGGAUUCCAAGAAUUUAAAAAAUCAAGAAAACAGAGAUGUUUUAUCGUUACCUUCAACUAGAUUAUCAGACUUGGGUGGAGUUGAAUCUUGUAUUGAAGAAGUCUUGGAAUUAGUCGCUAUGCCAUUGGCUCAUCCAGAAAUUUAUUUACAUACUGGAGUAAAUCCACCAAGAGGAAUAUUAUUACAUGGGCCUCCAGGUUGCGGAAAAACGUUACUAGCGAAUGCUAUAGCUGGAGAAUCGGGUGUUCCAUUUAUUAGUAUUUCUGCACCAUCUGUAGUUUCUGGGAUGUCAGGAGAAUCAGAAAAAAAGAUUCGUGAAGUAUUUGAAGAAGCUAAAGAAAAAGCUCCAUGUUUAUUAUUUAUUGAUGAAAUUGACGCGAUUACCCCGAAAAGGGAAACGGCUCAACGUGAAAUGGAAAGACGUAUAGUAGCACAAUUGUUAACAUGCAUGGAUGAUUUGUCAUGGGAUAAGACAGAUAACCGGCCAAUUUUGGUUAUCGGUGCGACGAAUAGACCAGAUUCACUUGAUCCGGCGUUAAGGCGCGCAGGACGAUUUGAUAGAGAAAUCAGCAUGGGUGUUCCAGAUGAACAAGCAAGAGAAAAGAUUUUAAAAGUAAUUUCAUCCAAAUUAAGACUUUCUGGUGAUUUUGAUUUCAAGGAUCUUGCCAAAUUGACACCUGGAUACGUUGGUGCAGAUUUAAAUGCGCUGACUGAUGCAGCUGGAAUUAUUGCUGUAAAACGGAUUUUCACACAUUUGAGUGAAUCUGAUAUACUCAAUGUUGAUAUAAAUAACGAAAUGAGGACUAAUAAUAUUAAUUCAAACAGCCCAUCAACUUCAUUCGAGAACCUAAAUCCAAUUGAUAAAUUAAAUUCUAUAUCUGCUUUUCUAAAGAAUCAUCCUGAUCCACUUACUGAGGAAGAACUCGAACCUCUUAGCAUAACUAACGAUGAUUUUAUACAAGCUCUUUCUAAAGUUCAACCCUCAUCAAAACGUGAAGGAUUUGCAACGGUUCCUGACGUUACUUGGUCUGAUAUUGGCGCGUUAAGCUUUAUCAGGGAUGAAUUAAGAAUGACCAUUGUUGAGCCCAUAAAGCAUCCUGAAUUGUUCAAUAGAGUAGGAAUAACGGCUCCUGCUGGUGUAUUACUGUGGGGACCACCAGGAUGUGGAAAGACCCUCUUAGCCAAAGCGGUUGCUAAUGAAAGUCACAUUAAUUUUAUAUCAGUCAAAGGGCCUGAGUUAUUGAACAAGUAUGUUGGUGAGAGUGAGCGCGCCGUACGUCAAGUUUUUGCACGAGCAAGAGCCUCAUCGCCAUGUGUUAUAUUUUUUGAUGAAUUAGAUGCCCUUUGUGCUCGACGCGAUAAUUCUCAGUCCGAAGCUUCAGCUCGUGUUGUCAAUACAUUACUUACUGAACUAGAUGGGUUAGAAAAUCGAAAACAGGUGUAUGUUAUAGCUGCUACAAAUAGGCCUGAUAUCAUUGAUCCGGCUAUUAUGAGACCUGGUCGCUUAGAUAAACUUUUAUAUGUAGAAUUACCCACAGCAUCUGAGAGAUAUGAAAUUUUAAAGACAUUAACAAAACGGACUCCUUUAGGAAAUGAUGUUUCUUUAAUUAAGAUUGCUGAAGAUCAAAGAUGUACUAAUUUUAGUGGUGCAGAUCUAGCAUCUCUUAUUCGUGAAGCGGCCGUAUCUGCAUUAAGAUCUACAUUACAUUCACAAGAUGAUAAAUUGCCAGAAAAUGAAAUAUUUGUUAAUACUAGUCAUUUUGAAACGGCUUUCAGCAAGGUAGCUCCUAGCGUUUCAAAAUCAGAUAAAGACAGAUACAAUUCUUUGAGAGUUGAGUUUGGUUGUGCUACAGAUGAUAGAGUUACGAAACAUGCUAACGAAUAG